CCAUUUAGUGAAACGACUGACUGGAUGCGUCCGGCUGUCGAGUGGGUGUAGCCGUAGAAAACAGAGACCGCUUUGUUGGCUGUCUAAACCACACUGUUGUGCCAUCUCAUCGUGCUUUAAAUAAUCGGCUGAACAGUGGUGAAGCUUUUCAGUGCUUUAACAGACUGAGAGAGCAGAAGUGUUGUAUUUGGUUCUUAAGAAGAUGGGAGCUGUAGUUUCUCGUUGGAGGACAAAACCAACCACUGUGGAGGUACUUGAGGGACUUGAUAAGGAUAUCCAAACACUUGAGGAGCACAGAGAAAAGAAUCAAAAACAGCUGAAGUUAUGGAUUUACAGAUUACUUUUUUAUUCAGCUCUUUUGUACUUGAUAGCCUGCAUAGUUGUUUAUGUCUGGUACAUCCCCGAACAGCUAAUUGGAAAACUUAUAGUGGCAUCACCUUUUUUAAUAUUUCCAUUGCUAGUUUGGCUUCUGAGGAAACUGUUAAUUGCGUUAUAUACAAGAAGGACAGAACGAAAUGAUGAGAAAUUGGAAGAACUAAAAGCUGAGAAAAAGAAAAUACUUGAACAAGUGAUGGAAACGGAAACGUACAAAAAUGCCAAACUGAUACUGGAAAGGUUUGAUCCGGACUCAAAGAAAAAGAUCGAGCUGGAGUCUACACCUGUUGGCCCUCCUAUGACUCCAAGACAAGGUCAAGAGCUACGUCAAAGGCAUGUGACUCCUCGUGCUCCCAUUGCUGUGACUCCCAUCCCAGCAGCCGCAGCACGUCCUCCCCCUGCCCCUACAGCCCCAGCUGCCUCCCCUGCCCUGAUCUCAGCCCCUGGCGGUCCCCCAGAGAGAAGCCUGUCUGCUGCUGGUGCCCACCACAACCUGAUGAGGAGACCUGCCACCCCCACAGGCACCCCUGUCCUUGGGAUGGGAAUGCACCCUCCUGGGCCACCCCUGGCUAGGCCUAUCCUUCCACGAGAUAGAGGAGCUAUAGACAGGGUCAUUGAGUACCUAGUAGGUGAUGGGCCACAGAACAGAUAUGCUCUUAUAUGCCAGCAGUGUUUGUCUCAUAAUGGCAUGGCUUUAAAAGAGGAAUUUGAAUACAUUGCGUUCAGAUGUGCGUACUGCUACUUCUUGAAUCCUGCCCGGAAGACACGCCCCCAGGCUCCAUGUCUCUCAGAAUUCAGUGGAGAAGGCAAGAUAAGCCAGGGGCCAUCUACUGUUGCCUUGGAGACAGACCCGGGUGCCCCUGCCUCUGCCUCAGCAGAGGGCAAAUCAGAAACCUCUGGUCCGGUGGAGGACGUGGAGCCUAGGGACCAUGAGGCAGAAGAAAGCCAACCAGAAGACGAGAAAAAGAGUAAUCCAGAGCCCCAAACCACACUCCCAGACCUACCAGAGAAAUCGGACAAUGAAUUAGAUGUGUCUGCCAUGGAGGUGGAGUAGAGGGUUUCUACAAAUCUGCUGUCACUCUGCCAAGGUGUGCGUAUUUAUUUGUGGUGUAGCAGUAAGCUUUGAGGGCCAGUGGUGGUUUUGAUUUGGCUUACUUUUCCCGUUUAUUUUUAUUAUUAUUAUUAUUAUUAUUAUUAUUAUUAUUAUUAUUAUUUACAUGGAAUCUGGGGGAGAUGCGGCAAGCUAGUCGGACAAACAUUUGGAAGUCUGACAUGCCAAUAGUGCAAAAUUUUAAUUUUUUUUUGUUUUGCUGUGUUGAUGUAGUUUUUGUAUAAAGGUGGAUGUUAUGAUUUUGUGAUUUUGUAUUUGUAACAUGGUUAAUUAGUUAAAAGCAGCUUUCUUUGACUGUUUACAUGUUGUCUUCAUUCUAACAAGCAGCAUGAAAUGACAUCACAAUACAGUUUGUCAUUAAUACAUCCAUGUUUUUAGGUUCUAGAGUUACUUUAUUUCAGAGAGGAAAAAAAUCUUGCCAGAACUGUUUUUGUGACUGAAUGUAUUUAAAGCACUGUUUUUCAACCUGUACAAUAAUGCAAAACUCCCAUCUAUUCUUAUUUGAUAUUUAUAGAUUUUUUUUUUCUUUACUACUGUGCCUUCUUUGAAAGUAUUUGAGUAGGUUUACGGUUCUCUGAACACGUGCAGAGAAAUGGUUACAUGUUUACACACAUUAAGGUACAGACAUUGGAAAGUCCAGAGCUAUUAAUUUCUUCAUAGAGGGUGAAGGUAGGGCAAUAUCAAAUGUAUGUGCCUUUGUGUAUGCCAUUUUUGUAUCAGACAAUAAAUAGAAAUUAUUUAAAUACUACAUACAGAAUUUUUAAAAUAUGUAAUUGUUUUUUUUUGUUCUCCAG